AUGAACGGAAUAGCAUCUGACCCUGCCCUUGAGGCAGUAGAAUCUGGAGAUGCGCAACUUGCGCCUCACUCUCAGCAACCAUCCAACACUUGCUCCUCCAUCAACAUGAUCAGCAACGCUGACCAGGCACGACUUGAAAUUCUGCGGUUGAGCAACUUUUUCGGACUUGGCAUCCAGUCGAAUCAAAUCAUCGUUCCUCAGCCAGUCCCAACUCUUACAAAACCACGAACAUUACUUACGCUUCCCGGGGAAAUUCGAAACGACAUACUCAGAAUUCUGUUGCAUAACCAAGACCUUGGAAAGGCGGCGUCGGUCGACCAAGAAGAGAACGACGGUGUGACUCGACAAUAUGGCCUAAGUCCAGCUGUGCUGAGGCAAAAGUUCUUCAUUGCCUGCUUCCCGAGACGCAAUAACCACCUGAGCCCUUUGACGCGCUUUAUUAGAGACGAUAUCUGGGAAACCCCACUGCGUUCUCUACCAGCAGUCAAGAAAGUCAAGCACUGGACCGUGAUUCUCAGCACGUAUGGUUUCGAAUAUCCUGCAGAGAUUCGACCAUUCGAGGAUUGCUGCAGAGCUAUGUGCGAUUCUUCAAUAGCGUCUAUCAAUGUCUGUGUUGUUCUUAAGGGCAUGGAGACUACGACAGCUGAUGAUACGGAUUACGAGACUCCCAAAGCAGCUCUUUCCCCCUUGAUGAUGCUCCGUGGACUGGGUCCAAAGAUUCUUACCAUUCGACAUGCGGAACUAUCCGAAGUUCACAAUGUUGUGGACCUAUUCCAAACUGUGCUAGACUUCGAGUCUGUCCUAAUUGAUCUGCCGAGUAAGGACAUGAAAGAGAUCAUGGAGACGGUACAAGGUCAAACACAUGUAGAGCUGCCUUUCAAGAUGUACGAGGCUCUACUUGAAUAUUGUCAGACGUUCGAACAGCAUCCAUUAUUCAAGAAGGGGAUGGAGCUUGAUUACCAUGAGACGCGCCAUCAAUUCAAACGACAAUACCGACGCAUCUGUGAAGCUUCGACAAAUGUGGUCGAAUUUGUCAAUGCGACAAAGGAGUCGACACUAUUCUUCGAUGCCAAUGAAAUGACUGGAGAUCAAGUCUACCCGAGAAGCGGGGAAAAUGGCGCCAGAUUUCAGGCACUGCUCCUAGCUCAGGACUAUCUCGAAGCAUUCGAGAGAGAAUGUCCAUUAGACACCAGAGUACAGAAGUUCGUGCAGAAGCGAAAAUUGGACCAGCUCUACUCCGAAUUGCACCGGGGCGACAUCAUUCGGCGCUUGCAGGCCGCCAUGGAUUUCUGCGAUCAUUCCAAGCUGUCUUUCAUUCUCCGCGAUCUCAUCGAUAGUUUAGAUGAUCAGUUGAUUGAAAUCCGCCAAGCUAGAAAGACGCUCUUCCUCUGGGAUGGCGAAGUCGAGAAUCGAGGUGUUGACAUCCAUCCAAGAGAUCCAGUUUGUGGGGAGCAUAUCAAUUGGUCUGUCACCGAACCUGUGCUUGGACCCGAACAGGGAUUCAACCCGGAUCCAGAAGAGGUUGAUGCUAGCAAUGGAAGUGAUCCUGAUGAUGGAGACGACGGGGAUAAUGAUGACCAAAGUGAUGACGAGGAUGAGAACGAGAACGACGAGGUUGAGUCGAGGUCAGAUGGUAGGGAAGAGCAUGAGGGGAAUUCGGAGGCGGAAUCCGGUGUGAGUGAUGGUGGAAAUCCAGAGGCGGAGCAAAACCAGCAGGACGUUCUUCCAAAUUUGGCUGCUGACAAUAGUUCCUCCAGCGCCACAUCUGGAUUGUGAGGUUUAGAGGCUCGGAUAAUUUGGUCAAGACGCUAUUAUUCGGUCUCGGACGUCAUCAUGUCUGGCGCGGCUGAUCGGGAAAUUAGGAUGGGGAUCUGAGGUUCUUCAUCUGAGAAAACUUUCAACGAACGAACUGGGCUGGGUGGUGAUACUUAUUUCUUGUUUCUUUCCUUCCAGCGUCUUCACUUUCCUUACUUUCCAGACUUGAUUCUUUAUAUCCUUGCUGUUUCAUUCCUUUAGCGAUCGGCUCCUCCUUCGUCCACUUUUUCUAGUUUGUCAGAUAGGUGGGAGUUUAGAUUGCAUACACCUUGCGAUGUUUAUUGGCAAUAAGACUCAGUUGACUCGUCGG